AUGGCGCGUACCAAGCAGACGGCUCGUAAAUCCACCGGAGGUAAAGCUCCCAGGAAGCAAUUAGCCACGAAGGCUGCCCGUAAAAGUGCUCCUGCUACUGCGGAGUUAAGAAAACCUCACGUUAUCGUCCGGGAACUGUGGCUUACCGAAUUGUUGAUCAGAAAAUUGCCUUUCCAACGGCUGGUCCGUGAAAUAGCGCAAGAUUUCAAGACCGAUUUGCGAUUCCAAAGUUCUGCUGUAAUGGCACUCCAAGAAGCUCGAAGCGUACCUGGUCGGACUAUUCGAGGAUACGAACUUGUGCGCGAUCCACGCUAA